AUGAACAAAAGAGCAGGAGAUGGUGUUGGAGCACGUAAAAAGAUGCCCGGACCAAGGCCGAUUGGUACUAGAGACAAGGAUGAAGAUCUUAUGCUGUUCAGGGAGAUGCAAAAGCGCGAAAACAACCGGGCAGUUAGUCUUCUCCAGCCCGUUUCUGAUGAGUUUGAGGCCAAUGGACAUUUUGCGCUCUAUGGAAUGGCACAAUCAGGGAAAAAGGGCCAUGAUCAUGGUCUUUCUGACAAUGGGAAAAAUGACUAUGAUUGGUUAAAAACUCCGCCGGCCACGCCUCUAUUUCCAUCACUUGACAUGGAAACACACGGCCCUGAACUAGUCACUCAGAGGGAAUUGCCAAUAGUGCAUCCUCUUUCAAGGUUUUCAGGCAUCUCAGAAGCUGAAACUGAUAACAAUAUUCAACCAGCAAAAUCCAAUGCUGUGAAGCCAAGAGUUCCCAUGAGAUACUCCACUCCAACUGGAAGGCCUGCAGUUUCAUUACCUGAGAAGAAAAAUGUAAAAAGUGCACCAGUUAUGAGCCACAAACUGAACCAAUCCUACAAUGAUCAUAACCUUGACCGCAAUCCCAAAAUGGCGUCUUCCUCCACAACACUGAAAACAGCUGAGAAUAUUAAGGAAGUGAAUAGGAACUUGACGACUACCAAUCUCUCGAAAAGCACCAAUCUCUCGAAAAGCAUGAAUGCAGGGGUGGAUUCAAGCACAAAAACAACCAGGCCGAAGAGUAGGGGUGUGUCGCCUCCUUUAAAGACACGAAUUCCAGCUCAAAUUGCAGAUUUAUCAGAUAGAACUCCUCCUAAUCUAAGGACUGAUCGAUCAACUUCAGCCUCUCGUCCACGUUCCACUGCUAGCCAGAAAAGUUCCUCAAUUUCACAAAAAAGAUCAGAAUCAGCCAAUAAAGCCAGGACACAAUCAUCAUCCGCAGCAUCCAUUCAGGGGCGCAAACAGGACAUGGAUGGAACUUUAGGCUCUCAGAACGACAGGACUCGAACUCAGGUAUUAGGCAGCCGAAUGUUGGACAAGUUCAUGAAUGCCAGGAUGUCUGGAACUGAAGCAAGACAAGCCAAGAUCAAACUAAAUGCUUCAUUAAAUGAGGGCUCUGAAUCAAGGAAUUCAAUGAACGAGGGAUCUGAUGCAAGGAUGUCAAGCAUUGAAGCGAGGCAAAACAACACAAAAUUCAAUACUUCACUCAAUGAAAGUUCUGGUUUUGGAAGAUUGAUGUCAAAGAGUUCGCUGGACAUGGCUCUUAGGCAUAUGAAAGUGCAGGAUCCUCCAUUAAGGGAUGCAGGUGUUUCACAUAAACACAGUGGAAUCAUAGGAAGAAGAGCUUCAUCUGUGAGCAAGAGGCCCUCCAGUACUACUACUACUACUUAA